UUCCCCUCCACACCAGCUGUUCUAUUGCCCUUCCUUCUCUGAUAAAAUGCUACUGUACAAAACGACGUCGUUGAAUGCCCUUAUCUCCCCUUACCCAACUCGGCUCCAUAGCUACAACGUUAAUGGUUCAAUGUCCUUCCCAACAAAACCCAGUCUCCGUCUUUCACAAUCACAGACCCCACUCUCUAGGAGGUCUCCUAAACUCACCCGGGGUGGUGAUAUUCGCAUCAAUCGCAACUCACACAAGACCCCCAAUUUCACCGUUCGCGCGUCAAAUGAAACCCCACCAGUACUGCACUUCACCUCCUCUAGCAAUAACAGCAAACUGGUCCUUAUUAGCUCUGCGAUUACCGUAACAUUAGCCGUUGCAAAUCGGGUGCUCUACAAGCUCGCCCUUGUCCCUAUGAAACAGUAUCCUUUCUUCUUAGCCCAAUUUACCACUUUCGGGUACGUGAUGAUUUACUUUUCGAUAUUGUUUAUGCGGUACCGUGCAGGAAUUGUGACUGGUGAGAUGAUCGGUCUUCCAAAAUCACGGUUUGUGGCAAUUGGGAUUUUAGAAGCACUUGGGGUAGCAACUGGAAUGUCUGCUGCUGCCAUGCUUCCUGGACCUGCUAUACCCAUAUUGAGUCAGACAUUUUUGGUUUGGCAACUAGCAUUUUCUGCCCUUCUCUUGGGAAGAAGGUACUCAUUUAAGCAAAUAACUGGCUGCAUGCUUGUAGCUUUUGGUGUAGUGGUGGCUGUUGCAAGCGGAUCCAGUGCUGAUCAGAUGCUAUCUGGAUUUGAGUUCAUCUGGCCGGCUGUAAUGAUAAUAUCAAGUGCUUUUCAAGCUGGUGCAUCUAUCAUAAAGGAAUUUAUAUUUGUGGAUGCUGCAAAACGCUUAAAGGGAAAGUCACUUGACAUAUUUGUUGUCAAUUCUUUUGGUUCCGGAUUUCAGGCUCUUUUUGUGCUCCUCCUCCUACCUUUAUUGUCAAACUUAAAAGGCAUACCCUUUGCUCAACUUCCUUCAUAUAUGAAAAGUGGUGCUGGUUGCUUAGUGAAUAUUGGAAGAAAUAUACCAGGCUGCAAUGGCGCUCCAUUGCUUCCACUGCUUUACGUAACUAUGAAUAUGGCUUUCAACGUAUCAUUGCUCAAUCUGGUGAAAAUUUCUUCUGCAGUUGUUGCCUCUCUUGCUGUAAUGUUGUCAGUGCCAAUAUCAAUUUAUGUGUUAUCUCUUCCAUUGCCAUAUCUUCCUGAGGGUGCAAGUUUGAGCCCAUUUUUUCUGCUCGGUAGCACGAUCCUUGUCUUGGGUCUUGUUCUGUACAAUGUAGCACGGCCUGUUAAGCAGGCUUCAAAUUAACAUAAAAUACAACUUCUUUUCAAGGUUUAUGUUUAAUGUCAUUUAUAAAUAUCUUAUUUCAUUC